AUGUCUCAACCUCACCCUCUCGAUCCGGCCAUCGUCGCCGUCCUCCGUCCCGCCAUCAUCCAGAUCCUCAACAACGCUGACCUCAGCUCCAUCUCGGCCAAGAAGGUCCGCAACUCACUCUCUCAGCUACCACCACACGCCCUCCCUCCAACACUCGAUCUUUCCGCAUCCAAGAAGCAGGUCGACGAGGUCAUCCGCGACUGCUUCGAUCACAUCUCCAAAGGCAUGCCCGCUCCUCCUCAACCCACCCAUGCCUACAAUGGCGCCUCCUCCGCGCCGCCCUCGGGUGGUCUCGCUCUUCCCGGUCUCGGCGGUGUAAGAGGUGGCCACACUCCCGCUCCCUCUAGCGCUUCUUCCGCUACCUCCAAACCCGCACCUGCCAAGUCCGCUUCAGCGUCCAACGGCUCCAAACCCAAAGCCGAACCAAAGCCCAAAGCGGAGCCCAAGCCAAAGAAGAAGGCCCCCAAGAAGCGUGCUGCCGCCGACGAUGACGACGACGACGAGCCUCGCAAGAAGAGGGCUGCAAACCCCAACAACCCGUUCAACAGGCCUCUCAUCCUCUCGCCCAAGCUCGCUGAGGUGUGCGGUGGUGACGAGAUGCCACGCCACGCCGUCGUCAAGCAACUGUGGGCGUACAUCAAGUCGAAUAACCUCCAAAACGAGAGCAACAAGCGUCAGAUUCUUUGUGACGCCAAGCUCACCUCCAUCUUCGGCAAGGAAGCCGUGGACUCAUUCGAGAUGGCCAAGCUCAUCGGAUCUCACCUCACCAAGAAGGAAGAGCCAGCCGCACCAGCCGCAUGA